AUGAUCGUGCUGUGGGUUACACUGCUUGUUCUGCAUCAUGGAUAUUCACUGGUUCCAGUGAUCACAGUUCAUCUUGGUGAAUCUGUGACCUUCACAUGUGUGUUACCUGAUAAGGAGGGAAGCAGAAGAAGCCUCUACUGGUACAAGCAGAGUGCCGGGGAUACUCUGAAAUCAAUUGUUACAGUGUUUGGAUCUACAAAACCUGAGUAUGCACCAGGAUUUUUAAAAUUGAGAUUGGAAGUGAAAAAUGAUAAAAAAUUCAGCAACCUGACUAUAGUGAGGACGAUUCAUGGGGAUGAAGGAAUGUAUCACUGUGCAGUCCUGGAGUGGAAUAAUGCUACAUGGAGUGGGACAUAUCUGUCAGUAAAAGGAAACUCUCAGAGGACAUCAAACUAUACUGUUGUUCAGAGGUCGACAGUAUCUGACUCUUACUCAAUGACUCUCCAGUGUUCAGUCCUUUCUGGCUCUAAGAACAAGACAUGUUCAGGAGAUCACAAUGUGUACUGGUUCAGAGCUGGAUCAGAUAAAUCUCAUCCAAACAUCGUCUACACUGAUGGAAAUAAACCUGAUGAAUGUCAGAAGAAACCUGAUGCACAUUCUCCUCCAAAGAGCUGUGUUUAUCACUUCUCUAAGACUGUCAGCUCCUCUGAUCCUGGGACUUAUUACUGUGCUGUGGCCACAUGUGGAGAGAUCAUUUUUGGAAAUGGAACAAAGCUUGAGAUUGAAGUGCAAACAACACACACAGUAUUCAUUGCAAUGGGGAUAUUAAUAAUCUGCUUGACCAUUUCUGUUAUUGGAAAUGUCAUCCUCAUCUGCAACCGAAGAGUGCGUGAACAAUCUAAGAGAAUGGAAAGUGAUAUUUCAGAAGUAAGAAGUGAUAACUGCCGCCAACAAACUGAAGCUGAGGACAAACUGAACUACGUGGCUUUGAAUUUCUCUGAAAGAAAAGCAACAAGAGGAAGACAGAGGAGAGAGUUUGCUGAGGACAGCGUGUACUCUCAAGUUAGAUGUUGAUACUCUUGCAUUUUAAUCUGAAACUUAAAUCAUGUUAUACAAUGUGUUUGCAUUUGUUUGUAAUGGUCUUGUUUUAUUUUUUUUUUUUUUUUAUUUUCUAGCUUACAUGCUAUCUAGAGAUCCAUCUAGAGAUUCUGAAUUAGAGAAAAAUAAUGCACCCCUGUUACUGUUCCAGGUCUGUGUUUCAUUAUUUUUAUAUGCAUUUUGCAUUAUAUUUAUGUGCAUUUUUACAGAAAUUAUAGCAGGAAAUGAGGGAGAGAUGAGGUAUCAGUCAGUGCCCUCUGUUGUAACCAGUGUCAGAAGAGAGACAUAUCAGAGAACAUUUGAAAGUAAGUUUAUUGUAUCAUUAUGUAUAACUCUUGUUUGAAAGCAAACUUCACAUGACCAUAAAGCAGCUGUAGGUAAAUGUCUAUAAGAAUUUAUGCAUAUUACUUUUUCUUUGUUUUGCUGUGCGACCAUGCAAACUCUUUGUGAACAUGAUUUGGAACUGUAUCAAACUAUGUCAAUAAAAAUGUU